AUGAGCAAAAAUUCACAAACGGAUCUUGAUCUUAUUUCGGAGGCCUCGUUCUUGUCUGUUGAAGUAGACUGUGACCGUGGCGUCAAAUCCAAACAAGUUCGAUUCGAUAUGUGCUCUUCGUCUGUAGAACCCAAAGCUGCAAAUGUAUUUCUGCAUGCUGAUGCUCCCUCUCAAGAAAAUUUAACCGAAUGCGACGAUAUGUAUACAGUGGAUGAUGCGCAACUUCAUUCAUCGCUGUUUCCCUCAGUCACACCCUCGGAGUCCCUUGACUUAUCAGUCUUCGAUGAACCUCAAUUGCAGCAGACUCUGGAGGCGCUCUCUCUUGAUGAGCCAAAAAUGAACAGUGUCAGGAUGCUUCAGGAGGAGGUUAUUCAAAUCGCCAAUCGCAUUCAUAAGGCCUCCCAAUCGGUGGCAUCCAAUGCGGAAAAGUUGGAGGUGGUGCAACGGCAAGGGGUGAGGGGAAAGUGCAGCCGCGGCAGUGGAAGCAUUGGUAUGAACUACACGCGGAAGGAGCAGCUCUACAAGGACCUUUUGGCAGUUUCUGUUGACGACGACGAGGUGGUGCAAGCGGAGCGGGACAAGAUGGCGCGCCGGCGUCGCCUUCUCCUCGCUGAGGCUGCACGGCUUCAUCCUCCCAAGGCAGAAGUUUUGCCGGAGCCUUCCCCACUGAAGUUCUUCGAUCCUGAACGAGAUGUCUUCCAGUCAGUUCGACUAGGCAUUACUGGGUUGAUUAAUCAGCAGCUGCUUCCGGAGAACCUCACAACAGCUGAGCAAUUGGACUUCGUUCGGCUGGACUACCGUCUCUGCACUGAACCUAGCUAUUUCAUUUAA